AUGUCGCACAUCAUCUCAUCCGCCAUGUCGGUGGCUCAGCAGAAGCUUGGUACCGCCUCGUCCAACAACGAAGCAUCCGACCACCAGCCGGGCCUUUCCCCCCCACUUUCGCCCGUUGACGAUCAGGAUAUUGAGCUCACAGCUCCUACUCCAGCCGCUGCUCGCGCUUCUACACGUCGUCCAGCCACAGCGCCUUCUUCGCCUUUGCCUCCUCAUCUUCAGACGUACAAAAACAACCUCGGCAACGACAUUACCAUCGACGUCAACAUUGGACCUAGCACAUCAUCCGCCUACGCUCGAGCGCAGGGCAGCACUGCUUUCCACCACGCCCACAAGUACCAUGGCCACUCUUCUUCUCCCUCGCCUGCACCGGCUGCUGAGGCACAUCUGGAUGCACCUGCUGAGGGCGUCACCGACGCCGGAUCGUCUCGCUCGCAUGCCGGCUCGUUGGGCUAUGGUGGCCCAGUACCGGCCACCCCUGGAACGGAGGAUACAGACCCGCUCUUGCUUCGAUCGCGCGUCGUCGAAGAGUCCGAGGUCCGUCGUCGACACUCGGGCAAGGGCAAGAACAAGCGCAGCGAGCGCCAGAUUCGUGACUUUUAUGAAGCGCAAAACGAGCACAUCGAACGUCUUCUCAAACCCAUCUCUGCACAUGCAGACGAGGACAAGCAAGGUCGCGAGUCGUCGGCACUCAAAGUCAAAAUCGCCGUCUAUGCAUCAAUCGGUGCCAACUUUGUGCUUGCUGCACUUCAACUCUACGCUGCUGUCAGUUCACUCUCGCUCUCGCUGUUUGCCACUGCUGCCGACUCGGUAUUCGACCCCUUCGCCAAUCUUGUGCUCAACUGGCUGCACCGCAAGAGCGAGAAGGUAGACGAACGCAAAUGGCCCAUCGGAGGAUCACGUUUCGAGCCUAUCGGUAACAUCACCUACGCUGCGCUGAUGGGCAUGGUCUCGGCAAUCCUCGUGGUCGAAUCCAUCAAGGAGCUGGCCAGAGGCGAUAGCGACAAAAAGCUUCACAUUGCAUCACUCAUCGCUGUCGGUAUUGCUUUUGUCACCAAAGCGUUGCUUGCUAUCUACUGCUUUGGACUGCGUAAGUACAGUUCGCAGGUCGAAGUGCUUUACCAAGACCACCGCAACGACCUAUUUAUCAACGGCUUUGGUAUCUUCACCUCGGCUGCUGGUGCCACGAUCGCAGGAUGGAUCGAUCCUACCGGUGCGCUCAUCAUCUCGCUCGCCAUCAUCACCUCGUGGACACGAACGGCAUUCGACGAGUUCAAGACGCUUGCCGGUGCCGCUGCCCCCACCGAUUUCUUGCAGCUGGUCACGUACAACGCUGCUCUGUUCAGCGACGAGAUUCAGGCGAUCGAGAGCGUGAGGGCUUACAGUUCAGGUCCGAGGUACAUUGUCGAGAUCGACAUUGUCAUGCAUCCCGAGACGCCGCUGUGGAAGAGCCAUGACCUGAGUCAGGCACUGCAAGACAAUCUGGAAUCGCUUCCCAUGGUGGAAAGAGCUUUCAUCCACGUCGACCACGAGGUGGAACAUGCUUUCGAACACCGUAAGUCUGUGUAA